GGCUGACGCAGCUGGGCCCGGUUCCCCAGGAGUGCAGGGGGGCCGGAGGGGCGGGGGAGAGGAGAAAGAGCGGCGGGCGCGCGUGCGCAGUGGCGCGGGGAGGAGCGGGGACCUGGCAGCAGGCUGGGAGGCUGCGAGCGAGCCGCGAACCGGGCGGGCGGCGGGUGGCGGGCGCGCGCACCAUGGGGGAGAAACCGGGCACCAGGGUCUUCAAAAAGUCGAGCCCCAACUGCAAGCUCACUGUGUACUUGGGGAAGCGGGACUUUGUAGACCACCUGGACAAAGUGGACCCCGUAGAUGGCGUGGUGCUCGUGGACCCUGACUACUUGAAGGAUCGCAAAGUGUUUGUGACCCUCACCUGCGCCUUCCGCUAUGGCCGCGAGGACCUGGACGUGCUGGGCUUGUCCUUCCGCAAAGACCUAUUCAUCGCCAACUACCAGGCCUUCCCACCGGCGCCCAACCCCCCGCGGCCCCCAACCCGCCUGCAGGACCGGCUGCUCAGGAAGCUGGGCCCGCAUGCCCACCCCUUCUUCUUCACAAUCCCCCAGAACCUUCCCUGCUCCGUCACUCUGCAGCCAGGCCCCGAGGACACGGGGAAGGCCUGCGGGGUAGACUUUGAGAUUCGAGCCUUCUGUGCCAAAUCACUAGAAGAGAAAAGCCACAAAAGGAACUCUGUGCGUCUGGUGAUCAGAAAGGUGCAGUUUGCCCCAGAGAAACCCGGCCCCCAGCCUUCAGCAGAAACCACACGCCACUUCCUCAUGUCCGACCGGUCCCUGCACCUUGAGGCCUCCCUGGACAAGGAGCUCUACUACCACGGGGAGCCCCUCAAUGUCAACGUCCACGUCACCAACAACUCCACCAAGACCAUCAAGAAGAUCAAAGUCUCUGUGAGACAGUAUGCCGACAUCUGCCUCUUCAGCACCGCCCAGUACAAGUGCCCUGUGGCUCAGAUCGAACAAGAUGACCAGGUGUCCCCCAGUUCCACGUUCUGCAAGGUGUAUACUGUCACCCCGCUGCUCAGCGACAACCGGGAGAAGCGGGGUCUGGCCCUGGACGGGAAGCUCAAGCACGAGGACACCAACUUGGCUUCCAGCACCAUCGUGAAGGAGGGCGCCAACAAGGAGGUGCUGGGCAUCCUGGUGUCCUACAGGGUCAAGGUGAAGCUGGUGGUGUCUCGUGGCGGGGACGUCUCUGUGGAGCUGCCUUUUGUCCUCAUGCACCCCAAGCCCCAUGACCACAUCACCGUCCCCAGGCCCCAGACAGCUGCUCUGGACACAGGUGUACCCGUGGACACCAACCUCAUCGAAUUUGAUACCAAUUAUGCCACGGACGACGACAUCGUGUUCGAGGAUUUCGCCCGGCUCCGGCUAAAAGGGAUGAAGGAGGAGGAUUAUGAGGACCAGCUCUGCUAGGAGAGGGGUGGGUGCGGGGGGCGGGGGGGAGCAGCCUCUCCGCCCUCCCCCCUCCGCCCAGCAGCUCCCCCCACCCCACGCCUCCCCUCCCUCCCUCCCACCCUCCAGCGUGGGCCGCCCCCAAACACACACUGGACCCGUCUCUCCUGGAACGUGGGCCUGACGUUUUGGACUCCAGCUGUGCCCACCCCCCACCCCCGUGGGCGGCAAGCUGUGUUCAGACUAAAUUCUGCGGAGGGUGCUGGAAAGACAGCGGGGAAGUGGGGAGAAGGAACCCCACGUUCAACCUCACAUCACAGCAACAGCUUCCCUUUCCAGGGAAAGGAGACCCUCUUGGGGGAGCAAGGCCACUUCUUUGUUUCUGAGCAUAAAGAAGAAAUUAAACCUUUUCAUAGGCAA